AUGACUGAAAGAAUUGCAGUUCUAUACCUGAAUACCGCCUACAAACCCACAAUUCUCCUCAAUGUUUACGUCCCUCCAAAACUUACAGAAAGAAGGAUAUUCUUGGAACAUCUGGAAAGUGUGAUAAGCUCCUUGCCUAAAAGAUACAACAAUAUAGCGAUGAGAGAUUUUAACACUAAAAUAGGUCAUAAUAUAAUAUACAAAGUUAGUAAAACUAUAGGUAACACAACAGUUUACAACAGUAAUGAUAAGGAUGGGAAAAAACUUCUCCAAAUAUGUUUAGACAACAAUUUAAAAAUCGAAAAUACUUUUUCUAAACAUAAACCUCUCCACCUCAUAUCCCACUCAAGAGCUCCAGAACAAACUCCCAAAUGGCACUUUACCAACAUAAAUGCUUCAGUUUUGAAAACAGCCUACAAUGAUACAAUCUGCUCAAACAUAACUAGAAUAAUCCUGCCCUUACCUACCAAAUCACUAGAGGAAUGCUGGUCGGAUUUCAAAAAUGCAAUUUUCCACGCCUAUAAUAACUUAAAACAUAGCCAAAUACCAAAAAGAGAAUGGCUCUCAGUAGAAACAAAUUUAAUCUUAUCAAUAAAAAACGAUAGCAGUCGCAAUUUAGAGCUAUGGAGGCGUAUUCAGAGAUUACUACGCAGUGAUCGAAGGAUCUUCUUGGCAAAGAGAGCAGAAGAAACAGAAAUGGAUAUGAGAAACAACAAAACUCAUGACGCUUACAAAAAGCUCAAACACUUCUGCAAACCAGCAUGUUUCAAGAAAUUACCCAUACUUACUCUACAGGAAGGAAACAAUUACAUAGACCCUGAAAAGCAAAUGGCUAUCUGGACAGACUUCUAUAUGUCAGCUUUUGAAUCCAGAAUUCCUUCUAAGAUAGCGGGCUUCCAACAGCCAGGCUUGCCAUUACCCCACUCCAAUUUCUCCCUCAUAGAAAUCAACAAAGCCAUAAACAAGCUAAAAAACAAUAGAGCUCCAGGCUCUGAAGGGAUUAGAAACGAGCAUAUGAAAGCCGCUCUAGAAAGCAUUUCUAAAUAUUUAUUAGCCAUAUUCACAAAAAUAUGGCAUUCAGGCAAAACCCCCGAUGAUUGGAAUAAAUCAACAAUCUGCAACUUCCCCAAAAAACCCCACCCUUCAUCGUUCGGAGAUUACAGAGCCAUUACUCUUACUUCUACAGUUUCAAAUUUGUUCAUGGUUCUCCUGAAGAACAGAAUCCUCGCUUCUACCAAAGAUCUCUUAUUAAGUAAUAUUUGCGCCUACAGGCCAAACAAGAACAACAAUGAACCCAUCCUAGCUCUUAAAAUCUAUCUCCACAAGUGCUUUAUAUAUAAACUUCCUUUUAUAUUUACUUUCAUAGACUAUAGCAAAGCCUUCGGCAACGUGAAACACGAUGCCCUUUGGGAGGCUCUAAAAGAAUGCAAUAUUGGUCAAAACGUAAUUAAAAUUUUUAAAUACCAUUACAACAACUCUUGGGCCAGGUUACAGCUAGACCAAACUUUCUCACCUUACUUCAAGAUUAGAAGAGGCGUGAAACAAGGCUGCGUACUAUCACCUAUUCUUUUCAAUAUAAUCAUAAACAAAAUCAUAGAAGAAACCACGAGCACUAUGAACCUAGUUGAUCUAUCAUCAAACAAUAAUAAUAUCAAUCACCUAUGA